UUUUUUUUUUUUUUUUUUUUUUUUUUUUUGUUGACAGCUUUACCACGUCCUGUUCCCCUUGAGAAAUCCGUCUUUGCUCCUGUUUCUUUUCAAUUCUCGACCUCUCCUUUCAUAAUUGCUGUUGAACUGGUUUCGUUCGGUCUGUCGAGUACACUCAGUCCAAUUCGUCAUGGCAGCUCCCCGUUCUACAUCGCUGCGUGCUCUGCGCCUCCUUUCCCAACAAAAUUCCUCAGCUCCAGCUUCUACUCUGGCCUCAAUGGCCCCGUUCCGCCGCUUUCUGCACAUUACCGGAGCCUAUUCCGCUCAACCAGCCUCUGGACCUGAUGUCACGUCAAUCUACCGUGCAAGAAGCGUUGCAGACCUGAGAGCUGAGUGCGAGAGGAGGAAUCUCCGGGCCGGGGGGAGUAAGGCUGAGCUUGUGGAUCGCCUUGCAAAUCAUGAUUUCCUCCAAACAAGGGCAUUCAGCAUCGCGAUGAAGCGGAUCGAUGGCCCUGCGUUUGGACGAAGCUCUGAACGACAAUUCAACACAUCCCGUGGCAGCAAGGCUGUCAACGAUUCAUCUCCUGUUGACUUUGUCUUCAUGCCCAGAAACCUCGAAGCCGAAACGGCCGCCACCUCGGGUUUUCCUCGUAUGCCGGUUCCUCCAGAUGCGUAUGCCCACUUCGAAGCAGCGGGCGCCAGCGGCACCUUGCCCAUGAAGCCUCAGAUCUAUAGCAUUGGUGGCGCUUCAUCAGACGGCAGUGAACCAAGCCCAAUGGCUGAGGUGGUGGACAACUAUGCACUCGAGAUCAACCCGUACAAUCUCACAGAGACCGUUAAUAGGUCAAGACUAGCCGCAUCCUCACUGGAUGCGGCUAAGAGUCAAGAAAGCGCAAUAGGAGUAAAGGGGAUGAUAAAAGGGUUAUGGAAUGCGAUGUUGGACGAUGCCCUUGGCCCCAAACAAAAUUCGAAUACCCAGUCAAGAUGAUUCUCCUUUUAUUUCUCCCCUUUCUCCCUCCAUGACUCCACCGGAUGGUCCGAGUGUUUGAUGGACAUGGACGUCUUUUAUACAUUAAAAAACGCUGCUUUGGAGUGGUCGCAUCGUCCAUUGACGGUGCUGUACCUCCUUGCCCCCCCAGCUCUUUACUUGCAUUGUCAAGUUUUUGGUAUAGUUGACACUAUAUUCAGUUCGUUUCCAUUUCUGCAUAAGUAUACUAUCAAUACUGCUUGUUUAAUGUUAUCUGAUCCCGAGCCGGGGAACAUUUUGAACAUGAAGCGAGACUGGGCAGGUCUUAAAGUUUGGUCCUUCAGACCCCACCCCGUGUCCCUUUUUGCUUCUUUAGAAGAUAAAUAUUUUUUGCCUCACGAAGAUGUGUUUGGGCCCAUUAUCG